CCAGAUUGAUGAAGCUAUGAGGAAAGCUGGUGUUGCCCAUAAUAAAUCUAGCAAAGAUAUGGAGAGCCACGUGUUUAUGAAGGCCAAAACAAGGGAGGAAUAUCUUUCUCUUGUGGCCAGACUUAUUAUACAUUUCCGAGAUAUUCACAAUAAGAAAUCUCAAGCCUCAGUCAGUGAUCCAAUGAAUGCCCUGCAGAAUCUAACUGGGGGUCCCACGGCAGGGGCGCCUGGGAUGGGCAUGGCUUCCCGAGCUCAGGGAGCACCAAUGAGUGGGAUGACAGGCCUUGGUCCAAUGGCACAGCAGAUGAGUCUCCCAGGGCAGCAGCAGCCCCCUGGAACCUCAGGAAUGGCCCCUCAUGGCAUGCCUGGUGUCUCUACAGCUACUCAGCAGACCCAGCUUCAGCUUCAGCAGAUAGCUCAGCAGCAGCAGCAGCAGCAGCAGCAAUUCCAGCAGCAGCAGGUGGCCCUGCAGCAGCAGCAGCAGUUCCAGGCGCAGCAGUCAGCCAUGCAGCAGCAGUUCCAGGUGCAGCAGCAGCAGGCGGCGGCCGCUGCCGUGGCCCAGCAGCAGCAGCAGCAACAGCAACAGUUGCAGGCUGUCCAGCAGCAGCAGCAGCACAUGCUGAAACUGCAGAUGCAGCAGCAGCAAAACCAACAGCAGCAGCAACAGCAGCAGCAGCAACUCCAGAGGAUUGCUCAAAUGCAGCAGCUGCAGGCAGCACAGGUCAUGCAGGCACAACAGCAGCAGCAACAGCAGCAGCAGCAACAGCAGCAGCAAAUACCACAACAACAGAUACAGCAGCAGCCACCUCAACAAGUCAUGCAACAGCAGAUGCAACAGAUGCAGCAGCAACAACAGCAGCAACAGCAGCAGCAGCAACAACAACAACAGGUUGCUCAGGCACAACAGUCUCAACUUCCACCACAAUCCCAGCCUCAACCCCAGCCCAUGGUAUCUCAACCUCAGGCAAUCUCAGGACAAAUUCCUGGUCAGGUUAUGCCUGUUACUCUCACACCACAGCAGUUAAAAGCUAUGCAGGUAAGAGCUCAGCUGGUCCAGCAGCAGCAGCAGGCAGCAGCAGCAGUGCAAGCAGCUCAGGCCCAGGCUGCUCAGAUGGGAGCUUCAGGGCAGAAAAGCUCACUAACCUUCCCUUCAUGCUCCCCCUCCCCAGUUCCUGGAGGCUGCAUGUGCUUCUCAUCCUGCCAGUGCACUGCAUUUCUUGUUUUGCGAUUACUUUUGUCUGUUGUCCCUCUGUCCUCAAAGAUGAUCACCGCACCUAUGGCCCGAGGUGGGAUGCAAAUCAGACCACGGUUCCCGCCUACCACCGCGGUGUCUGCUACACCACCAAGCUCCAUCCCCUUGGGCGGACAGCAAAUGCCACAGGUCAGCCAGAACAAUAUUACCAUGAUGUCCUCCCCAUCUCCUGUCCAGCAAGCUCAGACUCCUCAGUCGAUGCCUCCACCACCACAGCCGCAGCCUUCUCCUCAGCCAGGCCAGCCGACUUCUCAGCCAAACUCAAAUGUCAGCUCUGGCCCUGCUCCAUCACCCAGCAGCUUUCUCCCCAGUCCAUCUCCACAGCCAUCACAGAGCCCAGCAGCUGCACGAACACCUCAGAACUUUAGUGUCCCAUCCCCAGGUCCUUUAAACACUCCAGGAAAUCCAAAUUCUGUCAUGAGCCCAGCCAGUUCUGGUCAGUCAGAGGAGCAGCAGUAUCUGGAAAAACUCAAACAACUAUCAAAAUACAUCGAGCCACUCCGAAGAAUGAUCAAUAAAAUAGAUAAAAAUGAAGACAGGAAGAAGGACCUGAGUAAAAUGAAGAGUCUCUUGGAUAUCCUGACUGACCCUUCAAAAAGGUGCCCCCUGAAGACACUGCAGAAAUGUGAAAUUGCUCUGGAGAAGCUGAAAAAUGAUAUGGCUGUGCCUACUCCACCACCUCCCCCAGUGCCCCCCACCAAGCAGCAGUACUUGUGCCAGCCCCUUUUGGAUGCUGUUCUGGCCAACAUCCGCUCCCCAGUCUUCAACCAUUCCCUGUACCGGACGUUCAUGCCGGCGAUGACCGCGAUUCACGGGCAGCCCAUCACGGCCCCCAUCGCUUCCCCUCGAAAGCGGAAAUAUGAAGAGGAUGAAAGACAGACCAUACCAAAUGUCUUACAAGGAGAAGUUGCAAGAUUAAAUCCUAAAUUCCUGGUGAACCUGGACCCUUCACACUGCAGUAAUAAUGGCACAGUUCAUCUCAUAUGCAAGCUAGAUGACAAGAAUCUUCCAAAUGUCCCUCCACUCCAGCUCAGUGUUCCAGCAGACUAUCCAGAUCAGAGCCCUCUGUGGAUAAAGAACCCCAGACAGUAUGCAGCCAAUCCCUUUUUGCAGUCAGUGUAUCGAUACAUGACUUCAAAACUAUUGCAGCUCCCAGACAAGCAUUCGGUCACAGCUCUGCUGAACACCUGGGCACAAAGCAUUCGGCAGGCCUGUCUCUCUGCUGCGUAACAGCUCACCUCCUAAAUCAUGAAGCAACAACAGCUGGCCUCUUCCACAUACCACUGGAAAACCACACUAUGGGGAGGUUUACUUCAGAAGAAAGAAGCCUUAUGGUGUUUUGUUUCUAGGUUGUCAGGUUCAGUAGAGAACCUGAUGUUAGACUUAGUUUUUCAUGCUUUCUAUCUUCUGCCUCUGUGGACUUUUGCCAGCAUUUUCAGAUAUACAAAAUGUGUAUAUAUGGUUCUCAAGACUGUAUUUAGGGUGAGUUUUUAUUGUCUUCUUAGAGAAGAAAUUAUUUGUGGACUUCCAUCAGGGAGUCUGGUAUAAGAGGGGGUAGGGAAAAAUGUCCUAAUUUGCUUCAAAAUUUGCUCAGUGCCAGUAUUUCUUUCACAUUUUGUUUUGUGACCUGAUACUGCCCCAGAAAUAAAUGAGGUGUAGCACAAAUGUGCUUGCAAACUUCCCAGAGGGUGCAGGAAAUCUUUCUGACUACUAGUUUUGCCCAGAGAUGGGAUAAAUUACAUCCUUUUAAGGCAUCCCUCAAAUAUAUGACAUAAAUCUGGAUAAUUAUACCUGGGGGGUGGGAAAGUGGAAUCAAAGAGAGCAAAAAAAGGUAUUUUAUAGCUUAUUUUAAAUGCAACUUUGUAUAAAUGGUUUUUGGUUAGCAUGGACCACAUUUCUCACUCCAGAAGAGUAAGACUGAUGAGAAAGAAGAGAUACUAAUGUGCACAUUGACUUCCUCUAUAAAUUCAGUAAAUUGUAGGUAAAGAUGGGGGGGAAACCAACAGCAUAAAGGCCAAAUGACAGAAAUCAAUCCAGUGGGUUUGUAGCUGCAUUUCUUCUUUUAAGAGUCUUUCUGAGGCAUCUGGCUUCCAGUGGGAGUUAAUGCAGUGCACUGAAAAUGUUUCUAUACUACAUCACUUUGUUUAAACAAAAAAGGCAAAAAAAUAUCUCAGGAGUAGAACUGACAACUCAUCCAUUGUGCCUUGAACAGUGAUGGGCACUCAAGUCAGUCAGCAGCUGCCUUACUGUUGGCACUUUGAAUGAAAACAUUUGCCACAAGUAACUCUAAUGCGUUUUUCGUGUUUCCCUACGUGUCUAAAUUGCUCCUUCUUAAGUUCCUGGUGCAGGAGAAUUUCAAACAGUAGAUGUUAUUUCUAUCCUUCCCCAUCUCUGUAUUAUGCAGCAAAACAAAAGAGUAGCUGGGCUCUCUUACAGUAGUGUCAAGAGACUGCUAUGACUUCUGUAAAUCCAUGUGGUGUCAUCAGUUUUAAGGAUGUUCUUAAAUGUGGGUACUUAGUAAGCACUGACUGAGGCAGCAGAGUGCUGUCAGUAUUUUGUACAUGAGCUACUGCAUUAUCUGUUUGUUUCUACUGUAAUAAAUUUAUUAUUAUUCCUGUG